AUUAGCUCGUGCUGCAGAUGAACGGGAUUUCUCCCGCACGUGCAUCAGUCCUGUCAGACCCAUCACUCUCUCACGCGCCCCUCUGCGUCGGAUCAUGGCCGCCAUCCCCCCGCUCGUGAGGGUCGGCAUCUCUUUGAAGAUGCUUCCCAACGACGCGGCGGUGCACUUCAAAGCGGACGGCGCGCGCUUCGGCCAGACGCGAACCAUCAAGCUGCUCACGGGCUCCAAGUACCGGGUCGAGGUGGUCGUGAAACCCGGAGCCGUCGAGGCCACGUCGAUGAGCGUGGGGGGGGUGACUUUCCCCUUGGAGCAGCAGUCCAAAGACCCCCAGGCGGUGGUCUACAGGGGCCAGUACGACACGGAGGGGGUCGCCCACACCAAGAGCGGAGAGCGCCAGCCGGUUCAGAUCAACAUCCAGUUCGCGGAGGCGGGGCUCUUUGAGGCGGUGUGGCAGGUGAAGUACUACAACUACAACAAGAGGGACCACUGCCAGUGGGGCAACAGCUUCAACAGCAUCGAGUACGAGUGCAAACCCAACGACACGCGCACGCUCAUGUGGGUCAACAAGGAGAUGUUCGUGUGACCGCUCUGGUCGUCAUGGUAACGUGGCUACGAGGAGGCAGAUCCAUCGCUAACCCACGUCAGAUAUUCUGUUUGAAAAAGUAAAGGAAGGAAAGAUGAGAAGCCGAACUGGGUCCUCGGGCGCCGCGUUAGAGAACCUCAGAGGUUUGUUUAUGGUGCUCAAACUAAAGCGUUUAUGAAGAUUCCUCAGGUGAUGAUCAACAUUAACAUUAUUUUUAACUAUGCACAUGAGGCAGUAUGUAACGACAACUUUAGGAGAAAUCUACAGAUAAAGGUAGUAAAAUAAAUGGUAUAUGUCCCACUACUCUGAAGGAAGGCGUGAAGAACCGAACUCUAAAAAUGAUUCGCCUUAAAAUGAAAAAUGUGGAAUUUGUCAUCAACCUCUGGUUUAAAUGUUGCGUUCAAAGACUCACAGGUUAAAUGUUGUUUUUAGCUGGCGUCAUGUGAUGAUCAACGUGGUGUGUAGAGUCGUGUGUGUGUGUGUGUGUGUGUGUGUGUGCUAACGGUGUGUUUAUGUGCACUGAAGCUACGUGUGAAGAAACUCAUUCCAUGUUAACAACGUGCACCAUAUUUGCAGCAACGCGGCCAAAAAACGACACACAAUCUUCACAAGAAUACGGGAAUUUUCUGUCACAACUGCAGUAACUAAUGAAACGCUGCAAGUGAACAACAUCAGUAGCUCGUUGUGUGUCUGAAGCUCCGUAGAAUACCGUUUAAAUGCUGUACUUUUAUAUUGUAGGGGUUUUGUGGUGAAGUCGGGCUCCUUGUUUUCUCCCUCUACCUCUUCCUCUAAGGACAGCCAUGAAUAGGAAUCGUGUUAAAAUAAGACAUUUGGAAUAUUCUUCAAAUCGUUUUUGGUAACCUUUACAGUGUUUUGUACAGUGGACAACUUGAAAUGUUUUCAUAUUAACGUGCGUAGCAACAAUCUGGCAUAUAAUACAUUGUAUGUGGCAUAUAAUACUCGACAUAGGCAAUAAAAUGUGAUCCUGACCUAUUUUACUGUUUCUAUGUUUAUAAUGUUAUUAAAAGUAAAAAUGGAAAAUAUUUUUGGUGAC